GGAGGCCCCGCCCCUGGAGCGGCAUUCCCGGGAAUCGGUGUGUGAGUUUGCUUCCGCGUGGAACGGUGACAAAGCUAAGCAGGGUUGAAUGGGGGCGAGAGUGGAUGGGAGAUGCUAACUGAAAAUGAGUAAAGGCAAACGUGCUGCUGAGAAGGACGCUGAUGAGGGGGACGAUGACAGCGAUGAGUAUGCAGAGUUUACGGAGAGCUUUAACCAACUCGAGUUGCUGGAAACGCACCGGCAUUUGAUUCCUAUAGGAACUCAGAGCUGUUGGUCAGGGCAGUCUGACGAUGAAGACGAUGAACAAGAAAGAAGUGAGGAAUGGUAUGAAAUGCAAGAAAAAAAAAUGGAGAAAAAUCCAGAGAAAUUGCUACUCUGGGCAGCUGAAAACAAUCGGCUGACUACAGUGAGGAGGCUCCUUUCCGAAAAGCUGGCUCCAGUUAAUGCUCGUGAUGAAGAUCAGUACACUCCUCUCCAUCGAGCUUCCUACAGUGGGCACUUGGACAUGGCCCGGGAGCUGGUCGCCCAAGGGGCAGAUAUUCAUGCACAAACAGUGGAUGGCUGGACGCCCCUGCACAGCGCGUGCAAGUGGAACAAUACAAAAGUGGCUGCAUUCUUACUUCAGCAGGGUGCAGACAUCAACGCUCAGACAAAUGGUUUGUUGACUCCUUUACAUAUUGCUGCAGGAAACAAAAACAGUAGGGAAACACUUGAACUUCUGCUGAUGAAUCGCUACAUAAAAGCAGACCUGAAAAAUAACUUGGAUGAAACUGCCCUUGACAUUGCUAGGAGGACCGAUAUAUACCACUACCUUUUUGAAAUAGUAGAAGACUGCAUAAAUGCUGUGUCCCCUUAAAAGCUGUGGUUAAACUUGUGAAUGUGAAUUUUACUGCCUCUUGUUUGUCACACAGCGUUCUGUGUGCUUGGUCUGUCCCUUUGCAUCAAGGUUGUCGUUUAAGAUACUGAGAUAUUCUCAUCAGGCAAAAUCUCACCUUUUGGAACUCAACUCAGUGGUUUUCCUCAUUCUUUGAAGUGCUAUUACUGUUAUCAGGGUAUUCAGAAAGCUUCAGUGAAUUCCACAAUUUCAGUGAGUCUGUGCUUAAUUAGUGCAAAUUUGGAGGGACCUUUGGUCCAAAACGUUGAUGUCAAAACAGGAGGGAAAACUGGACUAUUUACUUUAUGUGAAAGAAUUCAGGUUUGGUUAUGCAGAGUUUAUUACAGCUCACUAGAGAAUUAUUUUUGAGGAGCUUUUUCUUAAACUGCAUGGAAGCUCUGAAUAAAUAUAACUUACUUGGGUGAUUUACAAAAUGUUUUGUGAUCUGGUGUAAGGCCUAUUAUAAAAUAAAACACUUAACCCUAAA